AUGGAACAGAAGGAGACCGAGGAGCAGCUCCAGAUGCGCCGCGUCGCGUUUUUCGCGGUCGUCAUCUCCACCGCGGCCGUAAUCGCUAGUGUUGUCACACUGCCCAUGCUCUACAGCUAUGUCCAAUCGUUCCAAAGUCACCUCAUCGUCGAAACGGAGUACUGCAAGGUAAUGCUUCUUUAG